CCCAGUCCCCACUACUGCUACUGCGAGACAGCGCAGCACAGGCUGCCGCCCGCUGGCCGCUGCGAGCAGAGAGAAUCCAAGAACGCGCAAGAGCCCCCCUCGUCACCACCGUCCAUGGGCGGCGCUGCGGGCGAGGCGAUGUGGGCCGCUGUUGUGGCGGCGACGGUGGUCUUCUUGGCCGUCGAGGUUUCGGGUGCCGCGUCGGCGUUGCCACGGUUUGCGGAGGCGCCUGAGUACCGGAACGGGGAAGGGUGUCCGGCUGCGGCGGCGGGGGUGUGCGACCCGGGCUUGGUGCACAUCGCCAUGACGCUCGACACGCACUACCUGCGGGGCUCCAUGGCGGCGGUGUACUCGCUGCUCAAGCACGCGUCCUGCCCGGAGUCCAUCUUCUUCCACUUCUUGGCCGCGGAGGCCGGGGCAGUGGACGGGGCGGACCCGGAGCCGGAGCUGCUGCGGCGCGCGGUGGCGGCGUCGUUCCCGUCGCUGCGGUUCGAGAUCUACCCGUUCCGCGCCGAGGCCGUGGCCGGGCUCAUCUCGGCGUCCGUGCGCGCCGCGCUCGAGGCGCCGCUCAACUACGCGCGGAACCACCUAGCGGACCUGCUCCCGCGCUGCGUGCCGCGGGCGAUAUACCUCGACUCCGACGUGCUCGCCGCCGACGACGUGAGGCGGCUCUGGGAGACGCGCCUCCCCGCCGCCGCCGUGGUGGCGGCGCCCGAGUACUGCCACGCCAACUUCUCCCGCUACUUCACGCCAGCGUUCUGGUCAGACCCGGUGCUCGGGGCCCGCGUCUUCGCCGGGCGCCGCCGGCCGCCGUGCUACUUCAACACCGGCGUCAUGGUCAUCGACCUCCGCCGCUGGCGCGCCGGCAAUUACCGCCAACGCAUCGAGCGCUGGAUGGAAAUCCAGAAGCAGAAGCGCAUCUACGAGCUGGGCUCCCUGCCCCCGUUCUUGCUCGUCUUCGCCGGUGAGGUCGAGGCCGUCGACCACCGAUGGAACCAGCACGGCCUCGGCGGCAACAACGUCCACGGUAGCUGCCGCCCGCUCCACGCUGGGCCCGUCAGCCUCAUGCACUGGUCGGGCAAGGGCAAGCCCUGGGACCGCCUCGACGCCGGCAGGCCGUGCCCGCUCGACCACACCUGGAAGUCGUACGACCUCUACAUCCCCGGCGACUCUGGAGGCGCCGCCUCGCCGGCGUCCGGGCCGGCAUUGUCCGCAUCCGUGUUCUCUUGGUAGAGAGAUAGCUUCUAGUUCCAUUGUCUUGCUGUGGCUGUUGCCGCCGCUGCUAUGAUCUAGCUGCCGCUCGUGGUGGGCUGUACAGGGCGGCGUUGGGAGCGGCGGUGGCGACAUGACAGGGGAAAUCAGGAAUGAGUUGAUAGAGAAGGGGGAGCCUUUGCCCUCGGGGGUAGAAUUCAGAUAAGUUAUUGGGGAGAGAUUUUGAUUCUUUUUGGUCGGGCUGGUGAUUCUUGGGUUCCCAAUUCUCUCGAUUGGAUGUUGUAAAGACUUGGAAUUUUGUUCAAUUAUUGAUCAUUCUUUCAUUC